UUAAGCAGGAAAAUGACACUAUGAGUGUAAAGAAUAUUUUCACUGCUUUUUAUUUACUGAAUGGCCUUUUGUGUGGAUGUAGGUGUAAUGCCCAAUUUACUGACAUCACAGACGAAGUAUUUGGCAAAAGCAAGGAUGGGAUUCUUGCGGCAUUCGGGGAUUUUAAUGCAGAUAAACAGACAGAUAUAUUUCUGAUCUCGCCCACAGGAAAGAAUGUAGACAUCCUGUUGGCAGUGGCAAAUAAACAGUAUGUCCGGGUAGCUGGUGUUGUCACCAUUGCUGACACAACAGGCAAUAUUAGCAGUGUGGUACCAGGAGACUAUGAUGGUGACUUAUAUAUGGACAUCUUAGUGACCAUAAUGGACAACACUGGCCUUUACACUGUUGAAGUCCACUAUGGCUAUUACAUGGAUUUAGACAGGAAUUCUCUACAGAUUGUUGCUGUUUCAAAUCUUACAGAAAAGUUACAAGAUGAGCCGCUUGUGUUAGAUAUGAAUGGAGACUUCAUACCUGAUUUGUUUGGGGUAAAUCAGAGAGACCAAAGACAGUACUGGGUGGCUGCCAGUAACAAACGGAAUUUCACUUCUGUAAAUAUAACAACUCCAGCAGGACUGAGUGCAAUCAGAAACCCACAUUCCAAUGCUUUUAUAGACCUGAAUUAUGAUCUCAGUGCAGAUCUGUUUGUAACUACAUCCAAUGGAAGUUUUGAAUACUGGCUGAAUAAAGAUGGAGAGUUAACUUACACCAGGACAGUGAGAGCAGGUGCUUUCUCUGGCAGCCAGAUGCUUAUUGGACAGAGUGUUUUUGGAGAUUUUGGUGGCAGAGGAGAGAUGGAACAUCUUCUGCCUGUAUGUUCAGACUCAAAUUGUGGAAAUAGCCAGAUUUUUGUGUUUACCGAUGAAAAGUGGAUCAAGUUGCCUGUAAGUUUCAAAGAUAAUAAUGGAGUGAUCUGGGGUUUUAAGCCACCAACCAAGAAUUCUUACAAUAACAUCAAGUUACCCGUGUCACUGAGAGUGGGGGACUAUGACCAUGAUGGUUUUCCAGAUCUUCUGGCAAUUCUUUACUCAUCUGGGAGGGAAUCUGAGGUAUUGCAAUCAAGAGUGUUUCUUCUCAAUAACAUCCCGUGUACAUCAGAAGAGUGCCAGGCACUGGGGAGAACAUUUCAAGUACAGUGGACACUUGGGCUGGGAGAUGUCAACAGCCCUUUAGUAGCUGCAUUCUUUGAUAUAUAUCAGGAGGGACAUUUGGAUAUAAUUGUUUCUAGUCAGACAACCUCUGGUGUAAGGCUUUAUGCAUUGAAGAAUGGCCUUGAUUUAGAUGCUUGCUUCAUAAAAGUUAUGGUGCUAACAGGACAGUGUUAUGGCAACUGUACAAAUGGAGGGAAAGCUUCAUAUGGUGUGAACCAGCCAGGCCCCACCAUAGAAUACUACAGUACCAGGCCAGAUGGUACACCAGAGAGAGGGCUAGCUGGCCAGCUGUCGCAGUCUGCCCAUUUCUCUCUACAGUUGCCUUACACACUGUUUGGCCUGGCAGAGAUGCCAAACUUUGUGGACACAUUAGCUGUGGGGAUACCACAACCCAAGGGUCAGCCUUUACUAAACAGCACCUGGACCUCUGUGAUUCCCAACUCCCAGCUAGUGGUGAUACCAUUCCCCCGGGGUGAACCCAACAGAUGGAAAUACAAGUUAUUUGUCACCCCUAGUCGCCUGGUGAUGCUGACAGGAGCAGCACUGGCAGGCACAUGUGGCUUUAUAGCUGGAAUAGUGGGUUUACUGCAGUGGAGAGAAAAGAGAGAGGAUCAGAAAGAAAAAAGACAAGAAUCUCACAAAUUUCAUUUUGAUGCCAUGUAGCAUGUAGAACACCCUUGCCUAUGGCUCCUGGUGCUGAGGAACACUGGAUAUCCAGUUUCACUUUCAUUUUAAUGCAGUGACUGUAAUGUACAGGAUAUGUAGUUCUAUGUGACUAUGAAAACAUUUUUUCUCUUUCAUUUUUAUGACAUGCCUGCAGUGUAAGGAAGUUGAUUUUCAUUUAAGCACUCUUUGACACUAAGCUUUUACUGUUAGUAACUAAAAACUAUUUCAUAAUUUAAAAGCUACAUACUUUUUAGAUACUUCUGGUGUGAUAGGUAAAAUAAAUCUUUAGGAAAGUGUAGUUUUCUCCAAAAAGUCACAUAGCUCUUGGCUUCUUUUGUCUUGUUUAUUAAUUUAUUUAUUUAUGUAGUCUCACAUCCAUGCUUAGUAAGAAACCGAAGGGAGCAAUUGGAGUGACAAAUUGGAUUAACCUGUAAGGUUGUGAAGUACAAAACUGGAACUACUAAUAUCACGCCAUGCUAUUUAAAAAGCAGGGUUCAGUCAAAAAGGGCAAAAACAACAAAUAGCUGUUUUCCUUACUUAUUUCAUAUGGGAAAUACAUGACAGUCUGAGUUAUUAUUUUGUACAAUAUCACUAGGAAUGUGUGUGUGUG